UGGAAUACGUAUACGUGUUAUAUACAUACCUAGUGCAAAUGACUUAAACACUCCCAUCUAAGAUCUAUAUCUGACAAAAAAAAGUGUCGCAUCUGAGUCUGUGUCUGCGUCUGCGUCUGCGUCUGCCUACACCUACACCUACAGCUAGACCAUUUGCAUUGGGCUUAGCCGGAUGCUGUUCAUCUGACGAUCUACAUACUACGAGUGGUAUGCAUGCUCUCAGAUCUGGAAGUGGAAUUUUUAAUUUGCGAAAAAUACUUGAGCACACGACCAUGCUAUUGCCAGUGUCAAUGUCAGAGAACAGGAAGAUAAGAGCUGAGUGAGAAACAGAAAGUAAUUUAUAGGAAAUGGAAGUCCAGUCCACACCAGUCCAGGCAAUUAUGUGUGCUUGAACCAGUCACACAAGCCAGGAAGUGUGUAAUUGAUCAGGCAUCUCUCUCUGGCCCUCCUUAAAGGUACAUAUUUGAUAUCUGGAUGCGUACUUUAUACGAUACGACCAUCAAUCGGAUGCAUAAGAAGGGGCAUAGAUUGAGCUGUUAUUAUACAUCGUAUCGCAUCGCCAGGCGGAUAGCAAAAUGUACCGGACUUAAGUAAAAUUGGCACGCGAUUCAAUUGAAUCUUGGCGCGAAGUGUGCUAGUGCUCGGCCCCAGUGCUGGGGCAAUUACACGACCAAUGCCUUGACCGCUGUCGUUGCUUUUGCAUCUCCUCCGUCAAGCACCAUGACACAGAACACACACCACACAUAGAACAUCUCACUGGGUAUCAGCUUACGGCCGCUAUCCGCAAUCGCCAUACGCCGCUGGUUGACUGCUAACAGUAACAUCCAGCCAGCCCACACACAGAGGCCCUCGCUUGAGGAAUCUACAUAUCAUGGAUGCGGGCACACACUAGCAUCCGUAUGGCAUGUAGAUACACACAUAGCCACUGGCAUACAUAUCUGGAUGAGCACACUUUCGCGACCAAAGCUCGACUGUCUUCGACUGUGAGAUUCUUUGUUUGUUUGAGUUUAGAACGAACCGAGCUGGAGGCAACACUGCGGGACUGAAAGUCUCGAAUCAAGGACUCAGCUACGAUCUUCCCUACCCUUCUCUUGUUUUGUUCAGUGAUCGUUCGUGUUCGUGUCCUGCUGCAAGUGCAAUUAUGUACAUAUGAGUGUAUGUGCAUAGUGUCUAUGAAAAGUGAAAACACGCUAAGAAACGAAAACAAAAUCAAUCGAAAUAAAAUAGACCGAAUUAUGAAAUUCCCACGUCGGUGUAAAGUGAGAUGAUUUGAGGCCUGAAGUUACAAAAUUCCUUUCCCGUUCCGUCGCCCCAACACCAUGCUUGGCAAACUCAAAAGGAACGCAUUCAUAUCGGUUGGAUUGGGAUUCAUAUUGAUAUGGCUGAGCGAAGCAACGGAGACCCAAGUGAACUACACAGCCAAGCCGCGAGUGGUUCUUCCGCCUAAUUAUGUCAAGGAAAUACGACCGCCCUCGAAGAAGGGAUCCCCAGUGAUAGUAGACUUUAGCAUUUUUGUUGUAGAUAUUAACUCAAUUAACGUAGAGGAUAUGGACUUUAGAGUAGACAUGUUUAUACAUCAGUGCUGGCAUGAGCCACGACUGGAGAUCCCCGACGACAUCUUCGAGGAGGGCGAUGACUAUGUGACACUGCUUCCAGAAGUCUUUGAGAAUUUUUGGCAGCCGGAUCCGUACUUUCUCAAUUCGAAGAUUGCCGGAUAUGGAAGUCCAUAUGUUGCGUCCACCUCUAUGCUACGCAAUAAGGGUGAAAGAGAUUCGAAAAACUUUCAUCUGAACAAAGAUUUAAAAAUAGCGACUCUGACACACAAGUUCACAUCAGUGACGCUGUACAAAAACAAGACGGUUCGCUAUGCGGCGCGGAUGCAUGCCAUCAUUGCCUGCCAGAUGGAGUUCCAGCUGUAUCCCAUGGACAUACAAGUGUGUCCCAUCCACAUUGAGAGCUUCUCAUCGAACAACCAGAAGGUGAAGCUCCGCUGGUCGGACUCGGGCGUGACCCUCAAUCCGGAACUGAAGCUCCUGCAGUACAAUCUGGGCCAGCCCCUGCAGCUGGAGGAGAGCGAUGGCUACAUGCCGGAGAAGGUGGGCAAUUUCUCGCGGCUCACCGUGUUCUUCCGCUUCGAGCGCCAGAUCGGCCAUCAUCUCAUCCAGACGUUCGCCCCCUCCUCGCUGGUGGUGAUGCUCUCCUGGUUCAGCUUCUGGCUGGGACUAGACGCCAUACCGGGACGGGUUACUCUGCUUGUGACCUGCAUGCUGACGCUGGUCACCAUGUUCACGGGGGCGGACAUUCCCCCAGUGGCCUAUGUGAAGGCCCUGGACCUGUGGAUGGCCGGCUGCAUGCUCUCCGUGUUCGCAGCCCUGGCCGAGUUCGUUGUGGUCAAAGUCCUGGACGUACAGUACCAGUACCAGGUGAAUCGCAUACCCAAGCGCAUCAGUAACAUGGAAAAAGGUCAAUGUGCAACGGUGGCUAGCUGGGAGGGCGGAGCCGUGCGGUCGCGUAAAGCCACCCAAACGCCCACGACGCCCGGACAGACAUCGCUGCAGGGAAACGGAGGACCGCCGAAGCCGGCGCGGCGGCAGAGCCUACUUUCGGUGGCAUGGACGGACACGGACACGGGCGUCGAGAAGAUAAUGUGGCGGGAGAUCGAUAAGGUCUCCCGCGCUGUCUUUCCCAUACUAUUCUUUGUAUUUGUUCUCCUGUACUGGCCGAUCCUGCUGAUGAAGUCGUCCUAGGACUUGGGGAGUUCCAGAUUGCAUAUGUCUGGACUCCGUUAAAAAAUCUAUAGGCAAUGGGCGGUGAAUCUGACAAAUUAAACUCAAGUUUUGAAGACACACAGUGUAAUAUCAAAAAGAAGAGUCUUUGAACCUCAAAAUCUAUCAUCAAAGUACAACCAACAAGUGAAAACUACAGUUACCUACAUAAGUAAUUGCCAGCAGCUACAAUGCUACAUAUUCCUAUAUCGGACACACUGUGCUAUGAACGAAAUAUGUAUAACUAAGUUAUCGACAAUUUGCUCACGGAGAAUACUUGAUUCGUUUCGAGUAUUUGCUUUGUAUAAAACGUAUCUUAUAUUUAACGAUCAUUUUAGUUUCACAUUAAUUUUAAUCUAUGCUACGAGGGACACCACUCACAGAACUACGAGUAUAUGCUUGAGCUGCAGUCCUACCUAUGUAUGAUUUAGCUUUGCAGUGAAUUUCUUUAAUCUCAGCACACACAUUUGUCAAUGAGAUAAGCUGGAGAAUAUAUAUUUAUAUAUCACUGUGCUAGUGACAAUAUACCCCUGAAUCGAAAGGGAUGGCUGUCCCUGCUUUGAAAGUAUUCAAUACAUAUCGUAUGUAUGCGCAUACCUAGUAUGUUCGAGCUACGAAACGAGACAGCUAUUUUCUAGCAGACAGCUAUUUUCAGUUGAAUUUUUGUAUUAGGCUUAGGCAAAUCAGCCAAGAAAUUGCAUUGGUGCUUUAAGGAGAUAAUAAAAUGGCCUUUAAGGA